AUGGUUGAAGAAUAUUUUCUAGGCUUCUUGAAGGUAGCUGACACAUUAGGUCUUGGACUGCUUAAUGAACUUCUAUCUGAAUUGAAGACUCUUGGACUUAAUGUAAGUGAUAUAAGAGGACAAGGGUAUGACAAUGGAUCCAACAUGAAAGCUUCUACAAAGAAAUGGCAGGUUUUUAAAGAGCAUGUGUCAGGUUUUACUGUGAAACCAUUAUCAGAACCUCAUUGGGAAAGUCGUGUGGAGAGUGUCAAGGCAAUAAGCAAAAUUCUGCAAAGUGAAGAUAUGCACAUUGAUACAGCCAUCAAAGAAGUGGAACGACUUCUUUCUUUUCUUCAAAGGUUCAGAGAAACAGGAUUUGAGGAGUCUUUGGUUGAAGCUAAAGAGAUUGCAAGUGAGAUGAAGAUUGAACCGGUAUUCAUGGGAAAAUGGCCAAUUCAAAAGAAAAGACAAUUUGAUGAAAGCUCUAGUGAAGAGGUGACACUAUCAGCUCGGCAAUCUUUUAAAGUCAAUUAUUUUUACUACAUAGUUGAUCAAGCUAUUUCUUCCUUCAAAACCAGAUUUGAACAGUUUAAGACAUAUGAAGAAAACUUUGGACUUUUGUUUGAUUCAGAUAAGUUAAGGUCAGCUGAUAGAGAUACACUGAAGGACUUUUGUGCUAACCUCACAGAUAUAUUAAAGCAUGGUGAGAAUUCUGAUCUUAAUGAAGAUGAUUUAUAUCAUGACUUGCAAAUGUUGUGUUAA